UAUGGAGAUCGAAAGCAGUAAUCAGAUCCAUCUUCCGAAAGAAAUCAUCGAAGAAAUACUGCCAAGAUUGCCGGUGAAAUCGCUGUUGAGAUUCAGGUGCGUUUCAAAAUCAUGGGGCUCUUUAAUUGUCAGCAAAAUAUUCGUAAAAAAACACCACCAAAAUUCGAUGAACAACCCUUCUUUUCCCCAACAAAGGGUCAUUAUACAGAAGAAUUCGGAUGAAUGGCCUAUGCAAUGUUCUCUGAUGUCGAUUUUGAGCGGACCAACAAAUACUAUCCCUUUAUCUCCUUUAGCUGAUCCAACGAAUACUACAGUGACGGGAUAUGAAAUUAGAGGGUGCUGUAAUGGGCUGCUCUGCAUUCGCAAUGAUGAAAAUAUUCAGUUGUGGAACCCAUCCACUAGAAUCUCCAAAAAACUGCCAGAAAUUUAUAAUGUCGACUUUAUUGAUCAACUGGGAUUCGGUUGGGUUGAAUCGAUUGAUGAGUACAAGGUGUUUGUGAUUGUGGAUGAUUCUAACUCCAUCGUUGGUAAAGUUUAUAGUUCAAAGACAAAAGCAUGGAAAACAAUUGAGCUCUUCUCUGAUUUUGUUCACCAUUGGCCAUUGGUGGUGUUUGUAGGUGGGAAGCUUUACUGGAAGAACGGACUUGAAAAAGUUAUUAAUUUCUUGGACUUGAAGAGUGAGGUGUUUGGAAGGAUUGAGCUUCCCUUUGAUCAAGAGGUGUAUGGCUUUGUGGGUGUGCUUGGUGGUUUCCUUUGUGUGCUAUGUUUUAAUUAUCAAAUUAGAGGCUAUCGAGUUUGGGUUAUGAAGGAGUCUUGGGAGAAAGUGGUGACUCUUUCUCAUCUUCUUGAGCUUCUUCAACCACCAUUGGUGAAAGGUCUAAAUGGAGACAUUUUGGUAAAUUGUGGAUCCAUUUUGGGGGUAUACAAUUGUCGGGAUAACGUGUUCCGUGACCUCAGCUAUUGUUCCUGUUAUCAGGUUACUAGGAUCAGCUGCCACAAGGAUUGUGUCGGUUUAUUUUCACAUGAUGCCUAUGUUGAAAGUUUAGUCUCGCCAGAAGAUUUAUGAAACAAGUCUUAGAGCAUGACUGUGAGUGGUUUCAUAGCUUUUU